AUGGUCGUCGCCUCAUCAUCGACGUCGUUCUUUGGAACUAGUUUUCACACAUCUGAACAUUUCUUUUUGUUUCUCUCAGAUCCAGAUGUGGAAGUGGAGAAGGAGGGCUAUUGGGGAGAAGAAGGCUCUGACGGUGGAGAUGGGAAAAAGAAAGUGGAAGUUUGGUGGCGAUACUGUCUCCAAAGCAAUAACCUCUAUACCGUCGAAGUCGGAACCAAGAAAAAACCGCUACUCAAGCCCAAAUGGAUGAAGCAAUCCAUUCCCGGCGGCGAAAAACACCUCCAGAUUAAAACCAAAUUAAGGAAACUAAAGCUUCACACUGUCUGCGAAGAAGCUAGAUGCCCCAAUCUCGGCGAGUGCUGGUCCGGUGGCGAUAAUGGGACCGCCACUGCCACUAUUAUGAUAUUGGGUGAUACUUGUUCUCGCGGUUGCAAGUUUUGCAACGUCAAGACUUCGCGGACGCCGCCUCCCCCAGAUCCCGAUGAACCGAGGAAUGUUGCGGAGGCAAUUGCGUCGUGGGGUUUGGGUUACAUGGUGAUCACAAGCGUUGAUCGGGGUGAUUUGCCUGAUCAAGGAAGUGGGCAUUUUGCAAAAACGGUUGAGAAGUUGAAAAGUUUGAAGCCUAAGAUGCUCAUAGAAGCCUUGGGGAUUUCGAUAUGUGGCAUCUGGUCCCAUGGUCAGGUCAUCUUACAAGGCCGGAGAAUUCUACAUCAAAUCUAUGAUAGAAUAUGAUCGUGCUGCUUCUUCGUAACUCCUUCAUACCUAGGUUAUUCGUUUAAUUUGGCUAUAAUGAACUUGCUUCGGCUAAUAAAUCGGUUGUGGGGACUGGCAGCCGGUGAUUUGGUACUCCAAUUGUUGCAGUAUAUGACACCACUGUCAAUUCUUUUCGUCAUCGUACCUUACUCAUUUGUCGUUCACCCUCUUGUCAUCGCACGAAACUCUCAAAUCUCCUUCUA